AUGGCUGCUCUUCAGUACUUGGAAUCUCAGAAAAAUGCGCAUCCAGAGCUCGGUGAAUGGUACAAUUCCCUUGCAGAUCUGUAUCAGAAAAAGCUAUGGCAUCAGCUCACCCUGAAGCUCGAGCAGUUCAUCGCUCUCUCUGUCUUUCAGGAUCCAGAGAUCCGUUUGAACGAUGAUAGCGUUCUCUACGAGUUAGUCUUUGAGAUUUUCGAGUUAGGGUUUUUAGAUGCUGGCGAUGCUCUAAUACAGUUCUACAACAAUUUCAUCACUGACUUUGAGACGAAGAUCAAUCUUCUGAAGCUUGCGCAUUUUGCUGUGGUUGUCUCCCGACAGUACCCUGAGAAAGAAGCUGCAGUUAACUAUCUUGAAGGAGUGAUUGAGAAACUCAAAGCCACUAAGGAGCCUCGGAUCACUGAACCAAUCAUUUAUAUAGAAACACAAAAGGCUUUAUUCAAGCUUGAGCAAGGUGACCAGAAGGAGUGCAAGAAAAUCUUGGACGAUGGGAAGAGCUCUCUUGAUAGUAUGACUGACAUUGAUCCAUCGGUCUAUGCCAACUUCUACUGGGUGUCUUCUCAGUACCACAAGUUCCGUCAAGAAUUUUCUGAUUUCUACAAAAGUGCUCUGCUUUAUCUUGCAUACACGUCUGUGGAGGCACUCUCGGACUCCUUUAAGCUGGAUUUGGCUUUCGAUUUAUCACUCUCAGCUCUACUUGGAGAAAACAUCUACAACUUUGGAGAACUGUUGGCCCAUCCCGUUUUGAAAAGUCUCCUUGGAACAAAUGUGGAAUGGCUUUACCACAUUCUCCAGGCAUUCAACCAUGGCGAUUUAGUUCAGUAUCAAGAACUGUGCCGUGUGCACCAGGCAGCCUUGAUUGCCCAACCAGCACUGGUUGAGAAUGAGAAGAAACUGUUGGAAAAGAUCAACAUUCUCUGCCUUAUCGAGAUCAUCUUCAGCCGACCUGCCGAAGAUAGGACCAUUCCUCUGAGUGUCAUUGCUGAGCGUACUAAACUUUCCAUUGAGGAUGUUGAGCACCUUCUCAUGAAGAGUCUCUCUGUGCAUCUGAUUGAGGGAAUUAUAGAUCAAGUGAAUGGAACAGUUUACGUGUCGUGGGCGCAACCGAGAGUACUGGGGAUUCCACAGAUCAAGUCCUUGAGAGAUCAAUUGGACAAUUGGGUCGACAAAGUUCACACCACUUUGCUUUCCGUUGAAGCUGAGACACCUGAUCUUGUUGCGGCAUAAGAAACCUUCUUCUGUUUCGUCUUCUUCUUCCUUUUGAA